UACUUGUCUGAUGUUCUGAGGAAAGCCUCUGCCAUGCACGAGGACUCAAGCAGCCCCAUGGAGAUACCCAGCUGGAGAGGAACCGAGGCCUCAAACCAACACCCAGCACCAGACUGUAGCGAUAAAAUAAAUGAAGAAGAUUCAAGCCUUGCCACUGAGUUACAGGAAGUACAGGAAAAUCCUAGUCCACCUGUGGAUGAGAAUAAUACAGCAUCAGCUAAAAAACAGGGACCAAAUCUGCAUAACUGGAGUGGUGACUGGAGCUUUUGGAUUUCAAAUUCCACCUACAAAGACAAGAAUGAAGAAUACAAAAGACAGUUCACGCAUCUACCUGAUACAGAGAAGCUGAUAGCAGAUUAUGCUUGUGCUCUUCAGAGGGACAUUUUGCUUCAGGGACGACUCUACCUUUCAGAAAACUGGCUGUGUUUCUAUAGCAACAUCUUCAGAUGGGAAACUACAAUCUCAAUUGCUUUAAAGAACAUAACCUUCAUGACCAAGGAGAAGACUGCCCGACUCAUCCCAAAUGCUAUCCAGAUCAUCACAGAGGGUGAAAAGUUUUUCUUUACAUCUUUUGGUGCCAGGGAUAGAAGUUACCUCAGUAUCUUUAGAUUGUGGCAGAACGUAUUAUUAGAUAAGAGCCUGACUAGACAAGAAUUUUGGCAACUGCUCCAACAGAACUAUGGCACUGAGCUAGGCUUAAAUGCUGAAGAGAUGGAAAACUUGUCACUGUCGAUGGAGGAUAAUGUGCAGCCAAGAAGUCCAGGAAGAAGCAACUUGGAUGACUCUGGAGAGAGAGAUGAAAAAUUAUCCAAGUCAAUCAGUUUUACCUGUGAAUCAGUGAGCCAGAUUUCAGAAACAGAGUCAUUUGAUGGAAAUUCAUCCAAAGGAGGGUCAGGGAACGAGGAAAAAAAAAAACAGAUCAAAGAGAGUCCCGUUCUACCUUCAGAAAAGAGGUUGGGUAGAAUGCCGUCGAAAUCACUGGACUUGAAUAAAAAUGAAUACCUUUCUUUGGAUAAAAGCAGCACUUCAGAUUCUGUUGAUGAAGAGAGUAUUCCUGAGAAAGAUCUACAUGGAAGACUUUAUAUCAACCGUGUUUUUCCUAUCAGUGCUGAAAGGAUGUUCGAAUUGCUCUUCACCAAUUCACACUUUAUGCAGAAAUUUGUUGAUUCUAGAAAUAUAAUAGAUGUCGUGUCCACCCCUUGGACUGUAGAACCUGGGGGUGACCAGCUGAGAACCAUGACCUACACCAUCGUUCUUAACAAUCCACUUACUGGAAAAUGCACGUCUGCCACUGAAAAGCAGACACUGUUUAAAGCCAGUCGGGAAGCACAGGUGUAUCUGGUGGAUUCUGAGGUGCUGACACACGAUGUCCCCUACCAUGAUUACUUCUAUACCCUGAACAGAUACUGCAUCACCCGCUGCUCCAAACACAAGUGCAGGCUCAGAGUUUCUGCAGAUUUGAAAUACAGAAAACAGCCAUGGGGCCUUGUCAAAUCUUUAAUUGAGAAGAAUUCCUGGAGUUCACUGGAGAAUUAUUUUAAGCAGCUUGAAUCGGAUUUGUUACUGGAAGAGUCUAUGUUAAAUCAGUCCAUCGAAGACCCUGGAAAACUUAGCGGCCUGAGAAGGAGAAGGCGAACAUUCAACCGAGCAGCAGAAACAGUUCCUAAGCUUUCUUGUCAGCAUUCUUCUGGGGAUACCGGCUUAGAGGUCAAAGGGGGUAUUACAGGAAAGAAAAAGGAAACAGAAAGUUAUAACAUGGCUCUUAUUGUAGUAAUGAGUAUUUUUUUGCUGUUGCUGGUUUUGCUGAAUGUGACACUGUUUCUAAAGCUGUCAAAGAUAGAAUAUGCUGCUCAGUCCUUCUACCGCCUCCACCUUCAGGAAGAGAAGUCUUUAAAUUUCGCCUCUGGUAUGGUGUCCAGAGAAGGAACUGUUCAGAAGAACAAGGAUCAGACCCAUCGUUUAAAAGGAGUGCUCCGAGACUCCAUAUCGAUGCUUGAACAGUUGAAGAGCUCACUCCUCAUGCUUCAGAAAACCUUUGAUCUACUAAAUAAGAACAAGACGGGCAUGGCUGUUGAAAGCUAGUGAACUUGAAGACUGCAAUGGUAGAGCUACUUGGAACUGAAAGAAAACACCUGGAAGAAAACCAGAAGAUAAAGGAUUUUCAUUGUCAUCGAAACAUUUCUAUGUUUUCUCAUGAUUGGGAUUUCUAAUCUGAGCCUUCUUUUCAAUAACAUUUAUUUGAACAUUAGUCUCUGGUGGCCUUGAGAAUCUACCCUUUGACUUCUUACACACAUCUAAGCUGUGAAUUGAUCCAGUGAGCCAUGGAAUAUAUUCUGAAAUUAAAUUUCUGUGCUACAAAAGGAAACCAGGACACCCAGAAUUGAGUGGUACAACCUAAUUUCUACAGUGGGGUUGAAGCGUGAGGCUUUAAAUGAUCUGUUAGCACAGACUCGGUAUGUGUGCAGUAGUCUGCUUUCACAGUCCAGAUGAGUCCAAGAGGCUAAAGAAGCUGAUAAAAGAAACCUCUAAAUACCUACUAACUGUAAAGGUAUAUAUCAUAACAUUCGUAGGUCUGUGUACUAUACAGAUCACAAUGUCCUCCUUUAUUUAGCAGGAGAAUUCAAUAGCCAAACCUAUUGAAUCUGCAUGUUGAUAACUGCUAACUGGUUGUUCAGCCAUAUUGGGCGAGCGUUGUUUUCUUAAGGUAGUUAUUACAGGUGAGAUUAUGUUACCUUUUCAUACACGAAGUGGCAAAAGAGCCAGUUUAGGAAAGGAAGCAUGUAGCAUACCAACAUUCAAAAUGAAGAACCAUGAGUUUGAAAAACCAGAAGACUAUGAAAAUCUGGGCAUUGUGAUAGAUUAAAUGCAUACUUGAACUAAGCUUGGUUUUAGCUUAGCGAUCUUCCACGAUGGAAGUGACCUAUUUGGUGGAAUGUUUUUCUUGUAGUAGUUUUCAGUGACCGUGUGUGUGUGUGUGUGUGUGUG